CAACAACAAUAAUAUAUACAUAAUCACAUCACACAUUAUUAAAAUCAUAUCUUUUUCAAUUUGGCAUCUUCCUUUUUGACAACUCUAGCCUUCUUUGUCCCUCACCUCUUUCCAUUCUUUAAUCUCGUUCUAAUUUAUUCAUUUAUUCAUUAUAAUAAGUAGUGUAUAUAAAUGUAAAUAUAAUAUGCACACAAGCACGACCUCACUGUUCUCUGACUCAAUUCUUUCCGCGGCUUUAUCUGUGCAGAUCAAGUAGAGGAAGAAGCAGCAGCAAAUUGUUUAAUAAAUCUAGUUCCCCAACCACCCAAUAGUCUCACACGCUCUCUCCUUACAAUAUUUCAUAUGGGUGUUUGAGUUUUGCUCUUUAUAUAUCAAGUGCUUACUGGGAUUUUAUUUUCUUGAUUGUUUAGUACUUGUACUCUUUUCAAGAACCAUUUUUUAGGACAUGGGUUUUGUGGGUUUUUUGGGGUUAUAAGUAUUUAAUUUUGUGUUUGUGUUUGUGUGAACAUGUGGGGUUGUGUUUUUUGGUUUUGAAAUCUUGAUUUUGGGUCUGACAAGGAGUACAAGUAGAGCUUGUUUUUGUAGUUGGGUUUUGUGCUUUUGUGGUUUAUAGUGUUUCUCGGGGGUGUUUUUGUGGAUUUGGGUUGGCUUAAAAAUGGGAUCUGGGAAUGGGUUUUACUCUGAGGAUGAGUUUAGUUUGGAGGCUAAAUGGUUGAUUGAUCCAAAGCAUCUGUUUGUUGGACCAAAGAUUGGGGAAGGUGCUCAUGCUAAAGUGUAUGAGGGCAAGUAUAAAAACAAGAAUGUUGCUAUCAAAGUUGUAAAUAAAGGAGAGACUCCUGAAGAGAUUAAAAAGAGGGAAGGCCGGUUUGCCCGAGAAGUUGCAAUGUUAUCAAAAGUUCAGCACAAGAACUUGGUGAAGUUUAUUGGAGCUUGUAAGGAGCCAGUCAGUGUCAUAGUAACCGAGCUUCUUGUUGGUGGAACACUGCGAAAGUACUUGGUGAACAUGCGGCCGAGAUGCUUGGACUUGCGUGUCGCAGUUGGAUUUGCACUUGACAUAGCUCGUGCAAUGGAAUGCUUGCAUUCUCAUGGAAUCAUACAUCGUGACCUCAAACCUGAAAACUUACUCCUCACGGCAGAUCACAAAACUGUCAAACUGGCGGAUUUUGGUUUAGCAAGGGAAGAGUCACUAACUGAGAUGAUGACUGCCGAAACGGGAACUUAUCGGUGGAUGGCUCCAGAGCUUUACAGCACAGUCACAUUGAGGCAUGGCGAGAAAAAACAUUAUAACCAUAAAGUAGAUGCUUACAGCUUCGCAAUUGUCUUGUGGGAACUCGUACACAAUAAGUUGCCAUUCGAAGGCAUGUCAAAUUUGCAGGCUGCAUAUGCUGCUGCUUUCAAGAAUACCAGGCCCAGUGCAGAAAAUCUUCCAGAGGAUUUGGCUGUAAUAGUGACAUCAUGUUGGAAGGAGGAUCCAAAUGACCGACCCAACUUCAGUCAGAUAAUACAGAUGCUUAUGCAUUAUCUUUCUACAAUUUCACCUUUGCAACCCGCCAUACCCCCAAGAAUUUUUACAUCUGAGAAUGCUGUCUUGCCACCAGAGUCUCCUGGAACAAGCACUUUAAUGGGAGUAAGGGAUGACGCAGGGGACACACCAAAAACACCCAUGGAAAACGAGCCUAGAGCUGGUUACUUCUUCUGCUUUAAUCAGUGCUUUUAAUCUAAAUAAGUAUUUUGUCACUUACUUCUGUAGGCAUAUUCAAAUCGAACUGCCAGCAGAGAAGCUCUCCGAGCACUCACUACAUAUAACCUUAAAUUUUUAGAAACAUACCUUUUGAUAUAAAACCACACAACUUUGAUUACUACCACCCGAUUAGUCUGUCUGCAGUAUUAGUUGUUGCUGUUGAUUAACUCUUUAACAUGGUGUGACUGAAUUGUGCAGACUCUUCAGGGUGUAACUAGAGUCAGGGUUGCUGUGAUGUUUUGUAUUUGUAAAAUAAGGUCAAUCCAAAGAUCUUUCAUCCAUUGCGUAGUGCAAGAAUAUCUGUUAUUAUUAUGAAACUGGUCCAGAGUAGUGAAUAUAUUUUCUAUAGUUACUAUGUGA